CACUGAUUGGAGGAGACUUGUUUCUAGCAGAAGCUACUUCAUAUUUCUAUUCUCUUGCUCGAGGUAGCAUUUUCUGCUCUGACUACGAGCUCGAGUCCAUGUUUCUGAUGCUCGAUUCGUAGUGAAUGUGUACAUAUGUUGUGCAGAACUUAGAAACGAAUUUUGUUUAGUUCGUAGUGUUCUUAAACCUAUGUUAGGGUUUGUCUAUAGAUCUCAGCUUGUCUAUCGAUUUCGAGACCUUGAUUCCUAAAGAAAUUUGAAUUCUCGUGAUGGAUUGAAACUAAACUUGUGAGGAUUUUGAUUUGUUUAUGUGACAACGAGUUCAUGUUUGCUCUUUUCUUUGUAAUUUCUGUGUAACAUAUGCGUUUCAGAUUCUAGAUUUGUAUCCCGGUGGAUGUGUUUCUGAUUCUAGAUUCGUGUCCAGAACAGUGCGUUUCUACUUCUUAAACUUUGCAUACAACUGUUUAUUAUUUUGGAUUUGUAUCCUACUUAGAUGAUGCUAUACUGCUAUAUGUGAAUUUUUGAGCUUCUAGGUUUAUGAUUUCUCAUUUCUGAUUUUUGCAUGUUAUUGUCAUUUCCCAACAUAGUAUAUACGGUCAAGUGUAUAAAGAAGUUGUAUCGUUAAUCAGAUAAGUAGCAACAUGCUUCGAUCUCUUUGAAGGUGAAAAAAAAUAAUAACUUUUAGUAACCAAAAACUCUGUGUACUUUAUUACUAGUAGUAGAUAAGAGAGAUUAUGAAUGAAGUUGCCACAUCACUGCCGAGUCAUGACGUAUAGAGAGAGGAGAGGCUAUUAUAUGAAAUGAAAAAUGAAAGCUUUGUUAGAGCAUGCCCAUUAAUGGUUCUUAAGGGGUUCAUGGGCUCGGGUUCAUAGGGCCGGAAGAGAAAAAAAAAUAGAAAAAUGGGCUAAUUAGCGUGACCCGUCUCUUAGCGGUGAUCCGUCCGUAGCCGAGUUCAAGGCACGUGUCGCGCUGAGAUUGGGCCCGUGUUUUCGAGUUGAAGCGGAGUAAUUCGCGAAACCUUUCAUUUUCUUUUAUUCCGCAAAAGCUAGGGUUUCUUUCUCGUCUAGGCGAUUCAGAGGCGAUUCUCGUGCGACGCCGAUUCCCGGAGCUUUUCACCGUCAAAUCGACGACGAACGGUUUCCUCCACGAGCUCAGAUGGAUCCCGCAGCAGAGAGAAGAGACAUGAAGAGGAACAUUGAGUACAACAACAGCUUGCAAUAUGUGGCUGAUUCGGAGUACGGGAUACCGACAAGGUGUUACUGUGGUGGGAGAAUGAUUGACGAGGUUCAGGGGAAGGAGGAGAGAGACACUCUUCCUGGGAAGCGCUUCUUCACAUGCGUAAACUACCAGGCUGAUGGGCUCCAUUAUCGUCAGCCUUGGGUUCAUGGUGUCCAGGAGGAGAUCGAGAAGCUCACUAACCGCCUGCAGGCGGCUGAGAAGGUGAUCAAGGAGGUGCCCAUCCUCAGUCAACAGAUUGAGUCACUUGAGGAACAGGUUAAGAGGCUCUCUGGCCAGGUGGAUGUUCUCAGUGUGAAAGUCGCUGACCUGGAGAUGGUCUGCUUCGAUUGAAAAGCAAAGGAAGAAGUGUUCAAGUGAUGUCUUUCUCAUCAGAUGAUGCAGCAGAUAAACUAAUUGAAGAUACGGUUGACCAACAUGUUGAUAAUUUUAUCGACCAACAUGUUGAUAAUUUUAUCGACCAACAA